UGGACCCCACGCGGGAGCAGCCCGGAGGCGGGGGGCCCACCAGCUCUGAGCAGAUCAUGGAGACAGCGGCCCUUUUGCUUCGGGGUUUCAUCUGCGAUCAAAUAGGAUCAAUGGCAAAGUAUAUAGCUGAGCUGGCCCUAGAGAGGGUGGCCCAGGCCCCAUACAUCAAACCACUGCUGGAAGUUCUCAAGCGCAUCGCACAAGAAAUGGACAAGGACGAGGAGCUGCAGAGGAUGAUAGAAACUGACAAUGUCUUCACUGCUGAGGUCUUUGUCAGAUUUGCACGCGAAAUAUUUUCAGACGGCAUCAACUGGGGCCGGGUGGCUGUCCUUUUCUGCCUCGCCAGCAAACUGGUGCUCAAGGCCCUGUGCACGGACAUGCGGGAGCUGAUCACCACCAUCAUGGACUGGACGCUGGACUUCAUUCGAAAGCGACUGCUGCCCUGGAUCCAGGAACAGGGUGGAUGGGGCGGCCUCCUCUCACAACACAGUGAUAAAAUCAAGUGGCUCGCAGUGGCAGUGGCUGUGGCCAUCAUCGGGACUGCAGCGCUCGCCGUAUUCAGAGUCCGGACCAUCUCAGGCUGAGGCCCCUGCUGCCUUGAUCUGUCUUUUCAGCGUCAAUGUGACGUUUUUCCAAGCAAGGUGACGAUGGGGGACCAUUUUCCAUUUUAUUGCCACCCCUUCCUCCUGUUGCUUUCCUCUGCACCAAGUCACUCAAACUUUACUGGGAGACCCCCUUCUUUUGUAAUUAUUGGGGAGAUGAGAUAAUAAAACCCUUUUGGGUCACACUUCUAGUCAGUGUCCCUGGGCUCACUCCCUGAUUGGUUCUGUUACUGGGCAAUAAGGGGCACUAAAAUGGGGCAAGAACGGUUCCCAAGUAGUUCCCUGGUCACUGUCUUCACCCAUGCACACAAUUGCAAGACCACUCAGGUUCGGGAUCAACAAU